GUCAGGUCAGCACACACUUGGUCUCCAGUCCAUAAUUUUUACCCCAACAAUCCAUGCGUGUACCUCUCUUUCCUUUUAAGAAAGUCCCUUAAAUCUUUGACCAAACCUUCGGUCACCUGGAUUUGCAUCUCUAUGUGGCUUGGUGUCCAAUAUUUGACUUUUGCACUUUUAAGUUCUGUGUGGGGUGUUUUACUGAAUUUGAGGUCCCACAUAAAUGCAAGUUAUUGUUGAAGAUUUUGAAGGGGUUGGGGAGAGGGAAAUUUUUCAAAAUUUGUUUUGCUCUGCAGUAAUCUCUGGGCAUGUUUUUACUGGUUCUUGACCAAGUCUGUGUGCGCUUUUGAGUCAUGAUAUUUUUUGUAAUGAGAGUUGCAGCAAAUCGUAGGUCUGUUUCAAUCUUUCCUUUACAUUUUUUUGAUGUGCUUUAAACUCUGCUCCUUGGAGCCAUUCCAGAAAUGACACUUUGUGUAGGGCUCCCCCUGCUGUUCACAUCUCUGUGAAUGAAGUUUGCUAUGCAAAACGCACUCUUAAACUGCUAAUAUUGGGGGAAAAGUCCUGAUGCUUCACCUUCUAGAUUUGCAGCAAUUUUGUUUUUUAGCUUUUCAGUAUUGGUGUUUUAUUACACUUAUGGUUAAGUGACUAUUCUAAUUUGGAUGCAGUAUGUUUUAAGUUCCAAUUUUCUAUUGGCUUUUUUGUACUAUUUUCAAAAAAUCUGCAAUGAGUUGUAUGGGAAAAAAAGUACAUUUGAUUUGAUCUCUGUGAAUGCAAGAACACUAGCUACAAACCAGUGGUUCAUUCCUGCUGUUAGAGGGGAUAUCCCACCAGGCUGUGCAGCUUAUGGUUUCAUCUGCGAUGGCACCAGGAUUCUGGUAUUUGGAGGAAUGGUGGAGUAUGGAAAGUAUAGCAAUGACCUGUAUGAGCUGCAGGCAAGUCGAUGGGAAUGGAAGAAACUGAAACCAAAACCACCCAAAAAUGGUCCACAGCCCUGUCCCCGCCUUGGUCAUACCUUGUGUCUGGUUGGUAAUAAAUGUUAUUUAUUUGGAGGUUUGGCGAAUGAUAGUGAAGACCCAAAGAAUAAUAUUCCAAGGUACUUGAAUGACUUGUACACUGUGGAACUUAAAACUGGAUCUGGCGUGGUAGGUUGGGACAUUCCUGUUACACACGGUACUCCACCUCCUCCAAGGGAAUCUCAUACAGCGGUUGUUUAUAAAGAUUCAAAAAAACCAAAGAUGAUCAUUUAUGGAGGGAUGAGUGGGUGCAGACUUGGUGACCUUUGGAUAUUGGAUGUGGAAAGCUUGGUUUGGACAAAGCCAGUAACCAAGGGUUCAACACCGCUCCCUCGGAGUUUGCAUUCUGCUACUGUCAUCGGGAAUAAAAUGUAUGUCUUUGGUGGCUGGGUACCACUUGUGAUGGAUGAUGUGAAAGUUGCCACUCAUGAAAAGGAAUGGAAGUGCACAAAUACACUUGCUUACUUACAUUUAGAUGGCAAUAUCUGGACACCUGUAGUCUCAGACACAUUGGAGGACAAUGUUCCAAGGGCUAGAGCUGGCCACUGUGCUGUGGCUAUUCACACUCGUCUUUAUAUUUGGAGUGGAAGAGAUGGCUACCGGAAGGCUUGGAACAAUCAAGUCUGCUGCAAAGAUCUUUGGUAUUUGGAAACUGAAAAGCCCCCUGCUCCUACUCGCGUGCAGUUGGUUAGAGCCAGUACAAAUUCCCUUGAAGUGUGUUGGGGUGCUGUUCCAACAGCAGAUGCCUACCUUCUUCAGCUGCAGAAGUAUGAUAUGCCACCAACAACUGCCACCACCACCAUGGCAUCCCCGUCAUUAAGCAACACUUCACUGCCACAGAAGGUUCCGUGCAGCCCUAUUUCUCCUACGCCUGCUUCUCCCGUCACACCACAGCCAGUUCCUAAAGUAGUUUCUUCCACUGGUGUGCUGGCUCCUGGAUUGACAAGCACAGUGACUGCAGUGCAAGUCCCUGCCACCCAGGCAACUGGAAUGACUUCAGCAACCACUCAUCUGGUCACAGUCUCCCAACAAGCUGUGCAGACAGUCAAAGCUGCAGUCUCUUCCUUGCCUGCUGGAGUCCGUCUAGUUGUCCCUGCUCAGAGCACCACCAAUGCUGUUCCCUCUGUAGUAAAUGUAAAUACACCGGCCACAACAAUGCUAAAGACAGCAGCUGCACAAGUGGCGACAUCGUCUGUCUCACUAAGUUCUGCUUCGACCCGUCCUAUUAUAACUGUACAUAAAUCUGGUGCUCUGACUGUAGCUCAACAAGCUCAAGUUGUCACCACCGUUGUGGGUGGUGUCACCAAAACCUUCACUCUUGUCAAAAGCCCAAUUCAAGUUGGCAGUGGAGGUUCCCUGAUCUCUAAUUUGGGGAAAAUGAUGACUCUCGUUCAGACAACUCCUGUGCAAAGUGGUGCAAUCACUGGCCAAGCCACUGCUGGGUCCUUAGCCCAAUUUAUUCAGGCAAAGGGCCCCUUUCCUCCAGGAACAAUAGUGAGACUUGUCACGGCGGCAGAUGGUAAACCAACAACAAUAAUCACAACCUCGCAAGCUGGAGGAAUAGGUACGAAGCAAACUAUCCUGGGUCUUGGCGGUGUCUCCCCAGCCGGCAGCAAAACUGGAGCAACAACCAUCAUAAAAACUAUCCCAGUUUCAGCACUGAUGGCUCAGCCCAACGUUACAGGUGUGAAUGCUUCUCCUGGUAUGAAAUCUCCAAUAACAAUCAUUACAACAAAAGUGGUCACAUCUGGAACAGGAACUCCAGCAAAGAUCAUUACAGCUGUGCCAAAAUUUACCGCAGGACAGCCUGGGGUGACACAGGUUGUUCUGAAGACGCCUGGAACACCUGGUACCAUUCUACGAACUGUUGGUGGAACACCAGUAACAGUUAGUGGAGUCAGACUAGUUACACCUGUCACUGUGUCUUCAACCAAGCCUACGGUCACAACAUUGCUAGUGAAAGGAACCACAGGUGUUACUUCAUUAGGUACUGUGACUGCUACAGUAUCUACUGCUCACUCUGCAGUAACUAAUCUUGCAUCAUCAAGUUUCACAACACCAGCUACUGCUCUGACGAGAGUAACAACCCUGGCCACCCAGGGAAUUAGUACAACUAUUGACCCUUUGGCUGUGGCACCUGCAACAUUAAUGGCUACAACAGGAAUCGUCUCAAGUCCUUCUGUAGUUAAAACUGAGCCGGUGUUUGUGAUAUCAGAAGCAGUUUCCCCUCGUGUAACUGGCUUAGUUACACACACCAGUGACAUUCAGGUGCCAGUGGCUGUAGAACAACCCACAGCUGCAGUAAUUGUUUCAGAGAACAGCAUGCAAACUGCAGACCAACAGAUACAUCAAGCAGCAGAAGAGCCAGCCCAUGAAACUACCGAGACAAACACCACGAAUACAGCUACCUCCAGCACAGCAAACAUAUCUCUGAAUCAAAUUCAGCCACCAGACACAAAUAACAAUGGUUUACCAGAAAGUGUUCACGGAGAAACUGCGACUGCAGGAACAACAAAUACUGCAACCACCGUCUCAGCAGCACACACUGGAGCAGUAACCACUGUUACACAAUCCACACCGACUCCAGGUCCUUCAUUGCAGGCCAUCUCAGCAGGAUCAGAGAUCACUUCCAGCAGUAGUUCGGCUUUGUCAGAUUCAAGCACAUCACAUUUGGCACCUUCUACAGAAUCUACCCAAGAUUCAGCGAGUGCAGAGCAUCAGCCUUCAUCUGAACAGACGUUAAAGAAUUUCGAGAAUGCAGCAACCCCACAGCUGACCGAGAGUCAGCAACCUGCCCAGUCAGAGGCCAUCCAGGACCCACAGGUGAAAGUGGAGAGUGAUAAACUGCAGGAAACUCUGAGCCAGAGCCUUGAACAGCAACCCCACGCCACUGCAGCUGAGCCUUUUGUUGCUGAAGCAAAGCCAGCCGACAACAUCCAACACAAAAUGGUUGCUGGAGAUGUUCCAGUGUCCUUAUUGCCAAAAGCUACAGAGUGCGGUAAUGUAAAGCCUCCAACAGAAGAUGCCGCUUCAGAACCUGGUGUGCCGAAUGUAGACUCUACUCAGCAUUUGCAACAUUGCCAGCAGCUUGUGCCUCAGACCCCAGAGAAACCAGCACAACAAGAGGAUCCAUUGCAGCCUCCAGUGCAACUGAACACUCCUCAAGCAGUAAUGAUGAAUCCUACUGAGUCAAGCAUACAAAGCAGUCUGCAACCCCAGGUUACUAGUACCGUGGAUGCUCCUCAAUCUACCACUUUAAGUCCUGCCUGUUCACUUCCAUCAUCCUCCACCACGGCAGCUGUGUCACCAAAUGAAGUCUCUAAUAGUAAUCCAGUAGCAAAUGGGAAACAAGAGAAUUCUUACGCGCAACACAAGGUAACUCCAAAGAAAGAAGGCAAUCCGUGGUAUGAUGUAGGAAUCAUCAAAGGAACCAGCACUGUGGUAACUCAUUAUCACUUACCACCAGAGGGCAGCCUUGGAGAGGAUGCAAGUGCUAACAUCCCAGACUACAGCAUGCUAAAAAAACAAGAGCUCCUGCCAGGGACCGCAUAUAAAUUCAGGGUUGCUGGAAUUAAUGCAUGUGGAAGGGGUCCCUUCAGUGAGAUAUGUGCAUUCAAAACUUGUCUCCCUGGAUUUCCUGGAGCUCCAUCUGCUAUCAAAAUUACCAAGAGUGUAGAUGGGGCUCACCUAACCUGGGAACCACCUGCCACAACUGCUGGAAAAAUACUGGAGUAUUCUGUCUAUCUAGCAGUUCGCAGCAUUCAGGUGACAGAAUCAAAAUCUGGAAGUCCGGCCCAGCUGGCCUUUAUGCGGGUAUACUGUGGCGCCAAGCCAUCCUGUGUGGUCUCCUCGUCACACCUCGCCAAUGCACAUAUUGAUUGCACAACAAAGCCUGCUAUCAUUUUCAGGAUUGCAGCACGGAACGAGAAGGGAUAUGGACCAGCUACACAAGUUAGAUGGCUUCAAGAUGCAGGUGCACAAGGAACAAAGAGCACUGCAAAGAGGUCUACAGCAUCACCAGAUAACACUAAAAGUGGAGGUGCCAAGAAGUCCAAGUCCGAAUGAUGGAAAGAAGACUUUUCUAUUUGCUGGAUGAAAGAAGUAAAGUGCUGUCGGAUAGUAUUUGUAUUUAUUUUGUAAAUGUUUUGUAAUAUGUUCCUGUUAUACUCUUAAUUCCUAUAACUCGUGAGCUUCUUAGAGAAGGAAUUUAAUUUGUAUUAAUUGUAUAUAGUACAUUUCUUGUUUUAGAACUGUGACAAAUAGUCUUCAGGCAAGUUUUAAAUGAUAGCUUUUUAGAAACAUAAUGUAGAUUUUAAAUUUGUAUUAACAUUACUGUGCAGAGUUCAUGUAGGUGGCUUGUUUCUAAAGUGGCUUAUUCUGAAAUCACUACAGUAGUGACUGGAUGUUUGCUGUGCAAGCAGUGGUUUAAAGAGUUUUCAAAGAAAUGUUGGUGUUUCACCUUGUUGCAGGUGGAUUAGAUAGGUCUUUAAAGCAUGUUUUUAUGUGGAUGAAGUCUGGGACCAAAAAAUGGCACUACGGAGAAGCAGCUUCCUUCUCAGAGUAGCACUUACACAGAUUCUGAAUCACCAUUAGAAACAAAAGUUAUCGGAGAAUUUUUCUUUGUGUGUGUGUUUGUAUGUGUGUGUGUGUGUGUGCGCGCGCGUGUGCGUGUGUGUGUGUGCGCGCAUGCGCACGGGCCACUGAGUGGCAUUUUUUUGUGCAUGAUUUGUGAUGAAAAAUUUGAAACUGCUUUUUUAUUUUCAAUUUUUAUACAAAUAUAAAAAUGAAGAUGUAUUGAAUAUAAAAGUUGUAUGACCCCACUAUUUUACAAGCAUGUAGUGAAACUACGCUCUUAAAACAUGACUAACCACAAUUGUCUCUUGGGCUGUAAUGAAUUUUAGAAAGCCUUUUUGCAGCAGCAACAGUUAAGUUUCUUCAAAUUAUAAAGACUUGCCCUACACUCAUACCAACACAUACCGUAUUAAAUCAUAGGGGAAAUCUUGGUUAUGUGUAUGGAAGAGGUAUUGAUAAGUCUUCCGACAAAUAGUAGUGACUAGCUAUAACCAGCAUUAACAAGCUGUUUUAAGUGCAGUAAACGUUGCCUCAAUUGCACACAUUGUAUCAACUGAAGUAUCUUUUACAAGAGCUUCCUAUUUUGGUGGGAACUGUUAAUUUCCAGAAUGUUGUGGGGUCAUGCAACUUUACGGAUACAUGACCCAACUACUUUUGUUUGACUGAGGCUGAACAUUGAUUAAUGCUGUAAUACUGGCUAAUUUCAUUAUAUGAUUGUACAGUUCAGAAUUACCUCUGCUAACUAACCAGUAGGUUUAUAUUUGUCACUGAAAUCAUAGCUUAUAAUUUGCAUAGUUUUUUUUACUUGUCUUUUUGUUAACCCAUUUGUCUGUUCACCAAGUUAAUAGUGCAAAAAUGCAGAGUAGGCCCGAGUUGAAUUUAAGGUAACUGCACAUAAAAUAUUUGCACAAGACGCUUUUAAUGCCUCAUUAACCGGUUCAGCUUUUAGCAAGGUGCAUUGGGAGUCUGGAAAAGAUUUAUAAUUUUUAGUAAUAUUGCUCUUUUAUCUUUCUACGCAUGUUAUGCAUAAUAUCAUUUGAAUAAUCCAUAUUUGGUUAGACAUGUUAAUCCCUUUUGCAGUAAAAAUACUGCUUUAAACAAUUCUGUGCAUUUUCAUUUAAUUAAAAAGCUACAUUUCCAACAGUGCAACAAUGGACAAGUACAUAGUACAUUUUCUCAUGCCUUGUGAUUGGAUAUUCAUUUUGUACAGCUAACUCAAUAAAAGCCAGAAAUAAUUUUUUUUUUAUUUUUAAGACGGUGCAGACACAUUAUUUUUUAUAGCCUGGACUAUUUAAGGUUUGCAGCAGAGACCCUUUUUUUUUUAGCCAGUUCCUAAUGUUCAGUGAAAAGAUGCGAUCUGAAGUAGGAUUUGAUCAGAACUGUUCCUAAUAGGUUUAUGCUGUGAUGAAAAUAAAAAAGUUGCCAAAUCUGAAUGCUUAUCUCUUGACCAUACAUCAUAACUCUACCUGUCCACAAUAGCCUGCUGUAGAAAUGGCUUAAACUGAGGAGAUAUAUUUAAAUAUGUUCAAUAUAGUGUACAUAUAGUGAAACUAUGCUCUUUGUAUUCUUGCAAUAUUGAUCUUAUUUAUGAGCCACCACUUAAUAAAGUUUGGUAAAGCCUUCAUUUGGCAAUUAAUAGAAA